CCCCCAUGCGAUUAGAAGCAUCACUGCAGUUCCUCACGUGGUUCAAAAUGGCUGCGCUCUUACGAUCAGCGAAGUUGGUGCGUUUAAUACCGGCUGUAAGUCGCCAAAUUGGACAAAGCACAACCAGGCUAUCUUCGUCGAACGCACUUCUUGUAUCAAAGUACCUAAAGAAAGCGCAGUUUCCUCGCCCCAGAUACCUGUGCACAACAUUACACAGACCGCAAGAUGUCAAGGAACAGGAGGACGCAGAGCCACAGGUCUCGUCACGGGAUGCAGUACGCCAGGCCGCCAUGUUUGAACAGCUCCUACGCGAACUGGAUUUUUCAGUCAGAAGAACGGGCAGAAUUGUCAAGUCGAAGUUAGAGAGAGUGUUCAAUGCCGUGGUUGCUUCAGACCAGGUCACUUCCAAGCAGGCCCUGAUGCUGUUCCGUAGCUGUACCAUGCUGUCUGAGGAGACCAAGGACAGCAAACUGGCACUCAUGGACCAGAUGUGGAACAAGAUGGAAGAGAUGGGUGCUAAGUAUGAUGUGGGUCACUACAAUGCCCAGCUGAAGGUCUACCUGGACAGUGAACACAAGUUUUCAGCCACUGACUUUCUGGCUAACAUGGAAGCAAAGGACAUACAACCUAACAGAGUGACGUACCAACACCUGGUCAUGGCGUACUGCCAGCAGGGAGACAUAGAGGGGGCCAGGAAAGUGUUGGAGUUUAUGAAGACAAAGGACUUCCCUAUCACUGAGGCUGUUUUCAAUGCACUCAUCACCGGACAUGGCCGAGCAGGGGACAUAGAAAAUGCAAAGGGGAUCUUGGAUGUUAUGAGAAACACUGGAAUAGAGCCCAGUCUAGACACAUAUACUGCCCUACUGUGUGUCUUUGCUGAACAUGGGGACAUACAGGCCAUUGAAGAGUUUAUAUCAGAGCUGGAAAAGACUGAGACUAGUCUGAUGGACAGUGACUACCUUCAGCUAGUGUACAGUCUGGCCACACAUGGGCACUCACAGUACAUACCACAGUUCCUUGAGAAGAUCCGUCACGACCAGGGGUACGUGCAGGACGCCAUCGCCACCGUGUCCCAGCUGAUCAUCGCGGAAUGCGAUGACGCAGCAUUUGAAGUGUUCCUGACCCUCCCCGCUGUGGGCAGUGCUGGGGAGGAGGGGAGUACAGGGGACCCCAACAACGGCUACUUCUUCAUCAGGAACAUGGUGUAUCACCAGAGGCCCAUAGACACCCUAGUGAAGCACUGUGACCAGCUCCAGGAGAGGGGAAUCCACACUGUUCCCCUGCAGUUUGCACUGAAAUGUGCCCUACAGGAUAACAAUGCUGAGUAUGCCUACAGCAUUGUGAAAGUUCUGAAAGACAAAGACCUGUCAGUGAGAGCCCACUACUUCUGGCCUCUCUUGGCUUCAUGUCAGCCUGACUCGGAUAUAGAAGGUGUAACAUCAAUCCUGAAAACUAUGCAGGAGCUGGAGGUGUCAGCAGAUGCUGAUACUUAUUCCAAAUACCUGGUCCCUCUCAUCAGCGAGUCAACAAAUCUGUUGACAAAAUUCCAAGAACUUGGUAUAAAAGUGGGUGAGGAUGAGAUUCUGGCACUUCUGCGCUGGGAAAUACAAAACAGCCGUCUUGAUGAGGCCUGUACAUUGCUGAGGGAGCAUGGUGGGGAGAACAUCGUGUUUGAAGCCUACAAGAUGUCUCUCGUGGAUGCCUUCAUCACCAAACAGCAGGAUCCACAGGCACUGGCAGAGCUGCUGGACAUCGUCUACAAGUCACAUCAAUUAGAAAGGAAUGAAGAAAAUGACCCAGUUGGCUACUUCCUGUACAACUUGCUGGAGGAGAUGCAAGGAGUUAUGGCUAAACGCAGGGAGGGGACCUUCCUUGAACUGUUGACCAGUCUCAAGGAUAAGGGUGUGCAAAUCCCAGUCAACAUUGUGAAGGGAAUGGACAAGUUUACAAAGAGACAUGACUACAGCCCAAGUGUUUUUGAGGCUGCUGUAGCCUUGGCUGAUGCCCCUCUGAGAGACCGUUGGCAACCGGAGGAAGGCAUGUUCCAGCCAGAUGAAGAGGGUGAAGUGCAGUUGAACAUGAUGGAGCCAGAGAGUAUUCAGCAGAUUGAGUCCCAGCUUCGCGUUGCUCGUACAAAGGGCCUAACACGAAGGGCCGUACACCUCAUGCGUAUGCUCGUCAAGGCUAACUGUCUCCAGAACAAUGUGGAUAGAGCUCUGGAGCUGAAGAAGGAAGUGGAGUCCCUGGGAGAACUGCUGUAUGCCACCAACUACCCCUCGCUCAUAGAAGCCCUCUGCAAGGAGGGGAAACUACAGGAAGCAUGGGAGGCAAACCAGGAGCUGAAUCGUAACUAUCCCAGCUUUGUCUUGGAUGGCUGGAAAUACUGCUGCCUGGUCCAGCUGCUGGCUGAGAAGGGACGACUACAAGAUGCCCUGAACACCAUAGAUGAGAUGAAGUCCAAGGGCAUCCUGUCAGACUUCCGGCUGCAGAAUAACUUCUUCCAGGUCCUGCACAGCCUGGCGGAGAAAGGGGACCUGGAGUCCACCAGGGCUCUGUUUGAUAAGGCUAUGGAGCUGGGACUGGUCAGGCCUACCAACAACCUGGCAUCUCAUCUGGUCACACCUUUCCUGUUGAAGGAUGACUUGGAAGGUGCGUGGACUGCCAUCAAGGAUUGUGAGGAGAAGUACCGCAUCAUGCCACGGCUCCACGAUCUGCUGUGUGCGUACAUCGAGAAGGGAGACACAGACAGCCUGCAAACAGCUAUGGACUACAUCAGUAACAGUAAGGGUGAGAUGAACAUGCUGUAUGACCUGGUCUUUGCCUUCCUGUCCAAGGGCAAGUUCAAGGAAGCAAAGAAGAUCAUAGAGACUCCAGGGAUGAGAGCAUUGGACCAGAGACUGAACUGGUUUGCAAACCUCUGCAUACAGAACAACAUGGGGGAAGCCCUUGAACAGUUGGUUAUUCAGACCAAGAAACUGUUUGGCUGUGACCGAGACGUAAUGUACAACUACCUGCUACAGUACCAUGACCAGCAUCAGGAGGGUGAGAAGGCAGCCCAUGUGUGGACCAUGAUGCAGGAGGAGGACCUCCUGCCCCAGGACGACACCCUACGCUACAUGGCCAGUAUCAUUCACAGGAGCGGACAGCCCCUCCCCGCAGACUUCCCUGAUUGGAUAGCAGUGCAACAGGAUUCCACUAGUAGCUCUGACAGUACCAGCAGCUCAGAGAGCGAUGAUGAUGAUGAGAAGAAGCAGGCUGUGUACUGGAAGUUGAGAGUACGAGCUAGACCUCGACAAACGCCAGCUCCUGUACAGACGCAAGAGGUUCAAGCCGCUAGCGACACGCCACAAAAUCCAGCACUCAUCGAAGCUUUGAAGCAGGCCUUUGCUGACCAAGAUGCAGAUGCAGCUAAUGCAGCCCUAGCCCAGGCCGAGGCCCAGGGUGUGCCUCUCAGCUACGGCAUCCUGAACAAAUGCAUCAUGACCAACCUGUCCAAGGGAAACCUGGAGGAAGCAGAGAAUAUCAAAAAAAGAAUGCUGGAGAGAGAUCCAGGGGUUACGUUCACUUCAGGCAACAUCAGAAAUAAGUUCAUCAUCACAUAUGCCCUGAAAGAUAGAGCACAGGACGCCCUGAAAAUGUUGGAACAGAUGGUCUCUGAUGGCCUGGCUCCAAACAAGUUAACCGCCAAGACGUUGAUGUACAGCAUGGCCAAAACUGGGGACGUGGAGGGGGUCAAACAGGUGGCACAGCACCUGGAACGGCUGAAAACACUGCGAGACUCCGUCCCGGAGUACCUUGUGGACAAUCAUCUUUUCACUGCCUACCUGAAGAGUAAUCAGGUAGAGGAGGCCUGUAACCUGCUGGAGUCGUGCAUGUCCGAGUCGGAGGGUAGAAUACGAAUGAUUACCCCUCUAGGCGAGCUCAUACAAGACCAGAAGGGUGAUGCUUUGGACAAAGUGAGUGCCACUAUAGAGAAGGUAGCCAGAUUCUUCAACCGGUACGAGCCAGUCGUGGACCUGUUCCUGGCAUAUGUGGACCAGAACAAAGUAGAGGAGGCCAGACAUCAACUUCAGAGAUUCCCAGCUAUUGAAGAACAGUCGGACAUGAUUGUGGGCCAUGCUGUGUUCUGCAGUCAGAGGAAAGAUUCGGAGGCCAUCAACAGACUGAUUGAUGUUCUGCCGAGCUUCAGCAAGACGCAGCCCUUGUUCUCCUUCCUGCUUAGAUGCCACUAUGAAAAAGAUGAUGCUGACGCAUGUUGGGCAACCUACCAGCGCAUGCAGUCUGAUGGGGUCGAGUUGGACGAACUCUCGCAAAAAAGACUGGCAACAAUUCUCAAGAAACAUGGCAGAGAUGUGCCAUUUGAAGAACCACCAGAGAGCUUCAACUUCUAUAAGAAGAAGCUGGAACAGAGGAGACUUGAGGCUUCAAGCUAGUAUAUAAAUUACAUUACAGAUAACUUGAAAUAGUAAACGGGUAAGAAUCCACUGUGAAGUGUUACAAUUAAAAGCACUGGUUGCAUAAUGAGACCAAUGACUAAUUACUAAGAAUUAAACAGUUCUACAUUACAUAAUAUGUAAUAGAAGUAUGGAAAUUUAUUAUGAAAAAAAAAUACACACAAUUGUAUGUACAUUGUAUCAACCCUGUAUUGGUGUUGUAACUAUGAAAGCAUUACCUACAUUCUGUAGUGUAUACUCUUACAGACAACAGCACGAUUAAUAGGGUAAGCAAUGAACAAUUGAAUCUGAUGACAGUAACAUACAGUUGUUUGAAUGUAUUCCUCUCAAGAACGUAUACACUAAACAAAGGUUAGAAUUACAGAGAUUCUCUUUUUUAAGUUCAGAAUGUUCUCAUGAGAGAAUAAACCUGAGUUUUUUUUUUGUCAAAUGCCUGAGGAUUUUUUUCUUUGUUACUACAUGCAUGACUUGGCAAACCAUUGAAAGGACAAGACAUAUGCGGGCAGUCAUAGCAG